UCACAGCAACAGCACCGCUAAAACAGCCUCUCUGGAGAAACCUGAGAACUCACCAACUUGUUCCAAAGAAGGUCUAUACGUGCCUAAGCUCCUGAGCUUCCUUACGUAAAAUGGCUGGCCAUCAAAACAAUGCAUUGAGGAUCGUUCUGGUAGGGAUGACUGGAAGUGGGAAAAGUGCAACAGCAAACACCAUCCUUGGGGACAAAGUCUUCAAGACUGGAAUAAGUGCCCAAUCCCUUACCAAGAGCUGUCAAAAAGCAACCAGGGAUUGGAAGGGGAGAGAACUCCUUGUUGUUGACACCCCAGGGCUCUUUGAUACCAAGGAAGGCCUGCCUACCACCUGCAAGGAAAUCUGCAAGUGUGUCCUCUUCUCCUGCCCAGGGCCUCACGCAUUUCUCAUGGUUAUACCGCUGGGCCGCUACAUGGAAUUACAACAGCAAACUAUUGCACUGAUCAAGGCCACCUUUGGGAAUUCAGUGACAAAACACAUGGUCAUCGUGUUCACCCGCAGAGAGGAUCUGGAGGACAGUAAGCUAGAUGACUACAUAGCAAAUGCAGACGUGAACCUAAAAAGCUUCAUCCAGGAGUGUGGGGGCCGCUGCUACGCCAUUAGCAACAGAGCAGACAAGGCCGAGAAGGAGGGUCAGGUGCAGGAGCUGAUGGAGCUGAUAGAGAAGAUGGUUCUGGAAAAUGCAAGGGGAUAUUUUUCUGAGAAUAUAUACAAGGACAUAGAGGAAAAACUGAAACAAAAGGCAGACAUUUUGAAGAAAAUAUAUGAGGAUCAGUUAAGGAAUGAAAUUAAACUUAUUGAAAAUGAUUGUGGUCUUAAAUCAGAGGAAGAAAAAGCUAAAAAAAUACAAGAGGCAAACAAAAAAUAUGAUGAAAAAAUGAAAAAUAUAAUGGAAGAAGCUGGACAGAAUAUAUUUGAAUAUGUCUUCACUUUGGUUAAGAACAACCUUGUGAAAAUAUGGCAUAGAUUUUGGAAGUAAAUUUCAUUCUUUCUGCUUA